AUGCAGCUUUUUCCUUUCAGUUCUAGCUCGUUAAUGUCAAGUGGUGGUGAUACCUCGCUUCAUCGGAGGUUCCUCCGUCGUAAACCCACCCUUACUCCGGACCAAACAACCGUCGUUCUCGUUCGCGUCUCGGGUUUCUCCGCCAGCGAGAGCCAGGGUUUCACCGCCGCCAAGGAGGAAGGUCCAUCUUGCCUGUUCGUUGGCCCCGAAACCGCCAGUCAAGAAACCUUAGAGGCCCUCUAUUGCCAAGCACGAGAUGCAUAUUACAGUGGGCAGCCUUUGAUUGUUGAUGACAUGUUUGAUAGAGUAGAGUUAAAGCUACGUAGGUAUGGUUCUAAAUCCGUUGUUAAGUACCCUCGAUGCAGUAUAAGGCGACAUUCUACUUAUGCAGAUGCAGAGGGCAGGAAGAUUUGUCGCAAAGUUGGCAUUAGCGAGCAUAUGGAUCCUGAUUUUGCAUUUGGCUGUACUUUGUGCCUUGUGCCUAUCAUUUACACAAUUAGUCUAGCAUAUCAAGAACCAUUCAGUUCAGAUAUGCCCUAUGACAGCCAAGCAGCCACUUAGAGUUUCUUCCACUGUUAAUGGCAUUCUCUUUAUGGGCAUUGGUUCGUGACUGGCUAUCCACUUGCAUCAGCUGCUGUUCGGGUGCUUCAAAGACUGUGGAGAAAUGAUUUGGUUAGCUCUGAAGGGGGCAUGCCCUAAUUGUGGGAGGUGAAU